GGGGAUGUAGGGAAGAGGAAAUCUUGGUUUUUAAAACACUGACGACAAACUUCACAUAUCAAGUGAGUGCUGCGUUAUUACUACUACAUCACGUUGUACGAACUAGAUGCUUGGAGUUGUUUUCGCGUUGUUUUCUUGCAUCAUUGCAGGCUGUGUGGAGCAGAUACGGGCUAAGAGGCGAACGCCAUUUUCUGGGAAAAUCAAAGGCAACAUUGCGUCCAUUUUUCACGCAUCUGUCAGCACUGCAGGGCGGCAUUUCCGUCUGCCGCAGCUGUCUUUAUGGGUGAAGACUCCUGCAACAUGGACGGCUUUUACGACCAGCAGGUCCCCUUUGUGGUCCCUGAGAGUAAAUGUCCCGUAGAGGGAGCAGAGAGAUGUCUCAGCGACAGGAAGAGGAAGUUCAUGGACACAGAGCUGGCUCAGGACACAGAAGAGCUCUUUCAAGACCUGAUCCAGCUCCAGGAAAUAUGGAUCGCAGAAGCUCAGGUUCCCGAUGACGAGCAGUUUGUCCCAGACUUCCAGUCCAAUAAGUUGAUGUUUCAUGGACCUCCUCUGAGCAAGGUGAAGCGAGAGCACAGCCCGUCUCCCUGCAGGACGCCUCACGCUGACAUGUGCCUUUACAGCUACAGUGCCUGUGACAAUAAGCCAGCGGGGCUCAAACCCCUUCCUCCAGCCCCCUCUCAUCCUUCAGGACCUCCACCUGUUCAGAGGCAGCUCCACCCUCCGGGCCCCCAGAUCUCCAGCAGAGGCCCUCAGGCCAAUCAGAGCCAGCAGUUUGCUCUGCCCCGCCCCCCCACCAGCUGCCCCCCUGCGUCUUUCAGCACAGAACAGAGCAGGUUUCAGAGGCAGCUGUCGGAGCCCUGCUUGUCCUUCCUCCCUCCUGAGACUCCUCUGAACUCUCCGUACCAACCCUCGAGCCGUGAUGGCCGCCCUCUGUACCAGCGCCACCUCUCAGAGCCUCUGGUCCCUCAGAGAGUGUUCAAACAGGAACUGGUGGACCCUCGGUACCCAGAGCCGGGACCCCAGAACUCUUUCAAUCACGUGACCAUCAAGCAGGAACCGCGAGACUACGCCUUCGACUCAGAGGUUCAGCCCUGCCAGUCGUCGUUUGGGAAGUCUCCAGUCUUGUACCAGAAUAACAAUGUUGGGUUCGGUGCUGACAGAGAGCAACACCUGUACUAUGACGACACCUGUGUUGUGCCGGACAGACUGGAAGUGAAAGUGAAGCAGGAGAGUAUGCCGUACCAACGCCGCGGCUCUUUGCAGCUCUGGCAGUUUCUCUUGACUCUGCUCGACAACCCGGCCCACGCUCACCUGAUCGUCUGGACGGGGAGAAACAUGGAGUUCAAACUCAUCGAUCCUGAGGAGGUGGCUCGGCUCUGGGGUCUGCAGAAGAAUCGUCCGGCGAUGAACUACGACAAGCUGAGUCGCUCGCUGAGGUACUACUACGAGAAGGGCAUCAUGCAGAAGGUAAAGGUUGCCGGGGAGAGGUACGUCUACAAGUUCGUAUGCAACCCCGACGCCCUGUUCUCCAUGGCGUUCCCAGACAACCAGAGGCCGAGUCUGAAGGCCGACCCGGACGCCAUCUUGCCCCCCGGCGAGGAAGAAGGCCCCCCCCCGCCCAGCUAUGAGGAGGAGGGUCCCUACCUGGCUGAGGGGGGGGCCUUCCCCGAAAACUACCCUUAUUAAACUCCACAGGUUGGACGAAACAUGAGAUAUUUCACAGGAGGAAGCUGAAUUACUGAGCAGUGUUUUCAACAUGUAUACCCGUACGUCCCAGGAAAGAGGAAUUCAUCAGAACUUUUUUUAACUGUCUUUUAGCCAAAAGUACUGGUUGCAAAAUUGGAGAUGGUACAUGUUUUGUCCAAUACAGUUUAAUUCUGAUUUAGGUCUUAAUUGUUUUCUUUUAAAAAGCUUUAACAUUUAGAUUUAAAGUUAUAUUAAGAAAAUAAGACGCAUUACUUCAAGAUGUGGUUGUCAUUUUGGGAGAAAAGGCUGGAUGUCAUGGUCCAUAUUUUGAGGAGAAAAUGUACAACUGGUCAUAAUGUAAUUUUGAGAUAAGGUCGUAACUUAAUUAGAAAUUAUACUAAAACAAAAAAAACAACAGUACUUUUUCCCAUAAACAUGCGACCGGUUCUCGGAAUAUAACAGGUUUUAAUAUUUGACUCAUCAAAAGACAGUUUUUGUUCCUAAUUGUGUGACUCACAGCCUGUUCCCCUCAGCCUGCCUGGUUGUACUUUUUGUAGCAUGGCCGACGCCGUAGUCCUCGCGUACGUGAACUCUGGGAUCUGUAUUUCAACCAAAAAAUCUCAAAACCAUGAACACUCCUUUAACUAAUUUACUUCUAAUUGUUGUUUUUGCUUGAAAGGGACACACUUGUAUUUUCCAGAUGUUAUAGUCCUCCUAUAAACAUGUAUAUUGAGAAAUGUCUUUUGUGUACUUUUUCUUGUUUUCAAAAGCUAAUAUUUUUGGCAUUAUAUGAACUUUUUCCUACUGUUUUAUGACAAAGGUACUGCUACUAUUUUUCUGUAAUACUAUCACUAUGAUGCUACUAAUAAGCAUAGACUUUCCUACAACCGGCUCAUCUGUUAUCGCACCAAGCUAGUUUUCUGCAUUUUGUAUAGUUAAUUUGCUUCAAUGUGUAGAAAAGGUGUAUAAUUAUAUAUGAAUAUAUUUUUGCAAAAGGCUGCAUUUGCUUGACGUUGUACUAUGAGCUGAAAAGUGAAGCCUGCUAAUGUAUUGUAUUAAUUCCAGCCUCUGAGAGAUAAAGGACUUCCUCCCUGCAGAUAAUGUAAUGGUAUAUUUUACUAUAUGAUCACAAAGUGGAGAAGCUGGAGAACGAUACUGACACCGGUGUAACGUCUGCGCUCAGAUACUGUACGUGUGCCUUCUGUUGAUCUAACUGACACAAUAAAGUAUUUUACUCUUUU